ACCAUCUGGGUUCUUAGCCUUUCUGUUUUUUCAAAGGUAUCUUGUUCAUAUUUCUGUUGCUUUUCUAGACAAAAUGGCUUCUGAGAAAGUCCUCAAGCGAUCAAAUUCAAUUACAGAUAGCAUGCCGGAUGCAUUGAAGCAGAGCCGCUAUUAUAUGAAAAGAUGCUUUGCGAGGUUUGUCGCAUCAGGAAAAAGAUUGUUGAAAUCCCAACACAUAAUGGAGGAACUGGAAAAGAUCAUUGAAGACGAACAUGACAGAAGCAAGGUCUUGGAGGGCAUGCUUGGUUACAUCCUGAGUUCCACUAAGGAGGCGGCUGUGGUUCCACCAUAUGUUGCUUUUGCUGUAAGACCUAAUCCCGGAUUCUGGGAAUUCGUUAAGGUGAACUCCGAGGAUCUGUCAGUAGAUGGUAUCACUGCUACGGAAUUCUUGAAGUUUAAAGAAACGGUCUUCGACGAAAACUGGGCAAAUGAUGAAAAUGCUUUGGAGAUAGAUUUUGGAGCCAUUGACUUCACAACUCCUCGCAUGACCCUUUCUUCUUCUAUCGGUAAAGGUGUUGGCAUCGUCUCAAAGGUUGUGUCCUCAAGGCUACAUGGGAACCCUGAGAGUGCAAAGUCAUUGCUUGAGUACUUACAGGCCCUAAAUCAUCAAGGAGAGAAUCUAAUGAUAAAUGGAACUCUAGAUACGGUCUCUAAGCUUCAAAAUGCACUAGUUGCAGCUGAAGUAUAUGUCUCUAUAUUUCCCAAAGACACCCCAUUUCAAAAUUUUGAGCAGAGGUUUAAAGAAUGGGGCUUUGAGAAAGGGUGGGGGAAUACUGCAGAAAGGAUUAAGGAGACAAUGAAGAUUCUUUCUGAGGUACUCCAAGCACCAGACCCCACAAAGCUGGAGCUGUUCUUUAGCAGGCUUCCCACCAUAUUCAACAUUGUUAUUUUCUCUCCUCAUGGCUACUUUGGGCAGUCAGAUGUCCUGGGAUUGCCAGAUACUGGUGGUCAGGUGGUUUACAUUCUUGAUCAAGUAAGAGCAUUAGAAGAAGAAUUGCUCCUCAGAAUUAAGCAGCAAGGUCUUGUUAUGAAGCCUCAGAUUCUUGUGGUAACCAGACUUAUACCGGAGGCUCGAGGUACAACGUGCAACCAGGAAUUGGAGCCUAUUGUCAACACUAAGCAUUCUAACAUCCUUAGAGUCCCAUUUAGGACAGAGAAUGGGGUUCUCCGCCAAUGGGUUUCCCGUUUUGAUGUCUACCCUUACCUUGAGAGAUAUGCCCAGGAUGCUACUGCUAGGAUCCUCGAACACAUGGAAUGCAAACCGGACCUCAUCAUUGGGAACUACAGUGAUGGAAACUUGGUCGCAUCUUUGAUGGCUAGCAAGCUUGGAAUAACUCAGGGAACUAUUGCUCACGCUUUAGAAAAAACCAAGUACGAGGAUUCAGAUGCCAAAUGGAAGGAAUUGGACCCCAAGUACCACUUUUCAUGUCAGUUCACAUCGGACAUAAUCUCAAUGAAUGCAGCCGACUUCAUCAUAACAAGCACAUAUCAAGAAAUUGCUGGAAGUAAGGAUAGACCUGGACAGUAUGAAAGCCAUGAAGCAUUUACGAUGCCGGGACUUUAUCGGGUAGUCUCGGGCAUCAGUGUCUUUGAUCCAAAGUUCAACAUUGCAGCCCCUGGGGCUGAUCAAUCUGUCUACUUCCCCUACACGGAGAAACAGGUGCGUCUGACCGAUUUUCACCCUGCCAUUGAAGAACUACUAUACAGUAAUGAGGACAACAAUGAGCACAUAGGAUAUUUGGCAGACAGGAACAAACCAAUCAUCUUCUCGAUGGCACGACUGGAUACAGUGAAAAACAUUUCAGGACUAACUGAAUGGUAUGGAAAGAACAAAAGGUUGAGAAGUUUGGUAAAUCUUGUGGUUGUAGCAGGGUUUUUUGAUCCGGCCAAAUCGAAGGACAGAGAAGAAAUUGCAGAAAUAAAAAAGAUGCACGCCUUGAUAGAGAAAUAUGAACUCAAGGGUCAGAUCAGAUGGAUAGCAGCUCAAACGGACAGAUAUCGCAAUGGAGAGCUGUACCGAUGUAUUGCAGAUACAAAGGGAGCUUUUGUGCAGCCUGCAUUGUAUGAGGCUUUUGGCCUAACAGUCAUUGAGGCAAUGAAUUGUGGGUUGCCUACCUUUGCAACAAAUCAAGGAGGCCCAGCAGAGAUUAUUGUUGAUGGGGUCUCAGGAUUUCACAUCAACCCACAAAAUGGUGACGAAUCGAGCAACAAGAUAGCUGAUUUCUUUGAAAAGUGCAAGACGGAUCCUGAAAACUGGAACAAUAUCUCAAAAGCCGCUCUCGAGCGCAUAUACGAAUGCUACACAUGGAAGAUUUAUGCAAACAAGCUGCUGAACAUGGGAGCAACCUAUGGAUUCUGGAGACAGUUAAACAAGGAACAAAAGCUAGCUAAGCAAAGAUACAUUCAAAUGUUUUACAAUCUCCAAUUCAGGAAUUUGGCAAGGAAUGUUCCCAUCCCCAGUGAAAAGCCCCUACAACCAACACCAGCAGCAGCAAUAACUACACCCAAGCAACCAUCACAAAAGCAACAACCAACACUAGCAGCGCCAUCCAAGUCUAAACAACCAUCGCCAAUGUCGGCAACUGAAUCUCAGCCAACACCAAGGAAAGAAGGUUUAGAGCAGCAGCAGCUUGGCAAUCCACAAGCACGAUGCCCUUGGAGUUGGUGGUGCUUCCUUAUGUUGGGUUCUCUCUUUGCCCUUUAUUACCUACUAAUGAAGUUGUAUCGUCGGUUCGAAUAAUCAAAGGGAAAAUAAGAUGAAGCGACGAGAAAGAUCAUUUACUUUCUCAAUAUGUAAAGGUCCCUGUAUAAAAUAAGAUGUCUUUGGCAACGUUCUUUCUGUUUAAGACAAGUUCAUUGUAAAGAUCUUUGUUGCUUUGCUUGUAAUGUAAAAUAAAUUUGGUGUAUCAA